AUGACCGACAGAGAAAGGGAGCUUUCUCAACUCAAGAGAAACUUCUCAAUGGCUUCUUUGUCAACUUCCGACCAUCUCUCGGAGUCAAAUUACACGACUGACUCCUCUUCUAUCGGUACAAUGGUAGGACCAGGAUCGCUUGCCGGGAAAGCAAUAUAUAGACUGGGAAAGAUUACGCUAAAGGGAGUCGAACAAGUGGCCAUUUACCGAAGAUUGUCUGCAAUCUCUUUUUACUUCCCUCAUGAUCAUCGAGACUCCUCAAAUGUGAACGGCAUCGAGCAAAUGUAUCUUGAUUUGCUAGAGUUAUCGAGACCAGGAAUGUACUCAAAUGGAAUUCGUUUCCAAGCAUUAGGCAUGAUUAUGGCGCAGAUCGGGACCAGAAAUACCAAAUAUCUGUUAAAUGCAUUGACACGUUUUCCUUCUAUUGAACUCGGCCACCUCGUUGCGGAUAUCAUACCCCAUUUUGACCCUGUAUCGUUAACCUCCAUGUCUCACGCGGAUGUUGUGAAGGACCCAAUUCUCAAGGCAUAUGUGGAGAGUCUAUCUGUACGAGUGGAAAAUUCGUUUGUACCUUUCAUAGACUUCCUCUCUCAGAUUGUUACACUCGACGAGGACCGGCGUGAUGUCGUCCUGGCGAAUGGGGUUUUGGACAUGAUGCUUGGACUUUACGUGACCGACUUUCAGGACGUUCUAGCACCUCGAGACUUCCCAAGGUCCACUAUGAAGUCUUCCUUACUAGGAGCUUGUAACUCACUCUUCAUGGGGGUUCUUCUCAAGGGUUCUGGACUGGAACUCAUCUCGAAACAUGGGCUAUCAAUCUUGUGGCCUUUCCAUCCAGCGCUGGAAUUCCUCGCGGACACUGAGCGUCGCCGGUUUAAACGGGGAAGAUACUGGGACGUGAUGAGCAGGGAUUACGUCCAGUGGAGAGUCCGCACAAUUCAGAAUAUGAUGUUUGACUUUUCCUGUGUUUUCGACGUGGAUACAUUCCUCGACACUGUAAUAGACUGCCUGACUUUUGUGAUGAGUCCUGACGAGGAAAUUUCAUACCGAGGUCUGCGCUGCCUCUAUACUGCGAUUGGCCGCGACAAUGUACCUUUCAGUGUGGCUACUGCCGUUCAUUCGUAUUUAUCCAAAGGAGAGGGAUUUGAUGUAGCCUCGAUGUUGAAAAGUGUAGCCAAGGUGUUGUUGGGCCUUCUAUCUCCAACCCCUCGCGUGGUCGAGUCAUUCACUUUCGACAACGAUCCGUCGGACCUCAUUCCGGACGUCCUGGCGACCUUUAUCAACUUCUUCGCUUCCUUGGCUCGGAGAAGUGAAAAAUAUCAUAAACUCAUUACUGAAACCGGGAUUAUUCGGAUCGGCAGAGAAACGUUGACAAUACUGGAGAACGCGAAACUGGAGAAUGAGGAACCAACGGCGAUUGCGGGAUUGAUGUGCUACAGCAGAAAAGACCUUGAAUUAUACUCCAGCACGUAUAAAACCACUGCCGACCAGCCGUAUCAGGUGCACGUCGUUCGAUGGGACUUGAUUGUCCUCGAAAAGUGGGCACCUGGAAGGAAGUUGCUCCUAUGUCCGCCCGGACGAUGGGCUAAAGGAGGACCGGUUUAUGGCACCAUUUCUAAUCAUCGGCAAGAGUUCCAACUGGGGCAUUAA